AUGACCUCGAUUUUCUCAGUGAGCGCUGCCCCAGCAUGCCGAAGGCGCUCCAAGUCCACAUCGGCGGUGCGUCGUCGACCUUCGACCCACCACAACGAGACCUUGAACGCCGUACUGGCCACAACUGGAGUCCUCAUCGCCGACCAUAGGAUCAGAGACCCUCUCGAGUCAGCACUCGGCAGCACCACAUGUCCAGACAGAGUCCUCACGCUGGUCGGCAAUGAGGCUGCCCUCGACCCCCCGCUCUGGCUGUGUGGCCCUUGCCAGGCGCUUAUGCAAACCCCGCCACCGGCUUUCAACCUCCAGGGCCACCUGCUCGAGGAAUGGGGCUCCCUGCCGGCGGAGUACUGGAACCUGCAUCACAACAACCUCUUUCAGCUCAUAGAUUGCUGCUUCGGUCGUACUGAUGACACCGGUUGGAGCCGGACUUGCCAGCUCUGCCAGCUCAUCUGGCGAGGGCUCUGCCGGCAGCUUUCACCGCGCCGGCCGAAGAAGCACGAGGGAGCUGGCCACAGCUUUCCAGGAGGCGAGGGGCUGCAAGGCUGGCUCACCGCCGAACCGCACCUGGAUUGCCACCAGGGCCUCAGGGUGUCGCGCUUCGUCAAAGGAAAUGACUGUCGCCUGGCCUUCAACAUUCCCCUCCCACCACGGGACAUUUCGCUGUUUGGGAUCUGGUUGCCAUGGGAUAUGGCGCUGCUCGAGUCGUGGGUGUGGUUCAUGUUGCCAGUCGCGUAUAAACAAUACCCCUUGGGCGAACAGCGCCUGCUGUCUGACAGCACAAGUUCCGAACAGGCAUUCGACUACAUCCGGGAUCGGAUCCGAACAUGUCGUGAAACUCAUCCCCUGUGCAGAGCGGAACCCGCAACAGCAGAAGAUUAUCCCACGCGACUUAUUCGUGUCGGGGCAAACGGCAAAGCAGUCUACCUUGAGGACAGAGACAUAUAUGCUGGUGGCGAAGCUGACCGCCAGGCUCAGUCGGGGCAGCCGUCGCUACCAAGUUUGCCACCAUACAUAGCACUUAGUUAUCGAUGGGGCAGCGUGGACGACACGUUGCCAACGAAGCAACGAUUGAUGCUUACCGAGACGACAGGCGAGCGUCUAAGGUCUGGCCUGGCGAUCACGGACCUGCCCCAGGUCAUAAGGGAUGCUUGCACUACCGCCACAAGGCUCGGCUAUCAGCAUAUUUGGGUUGACCGGCUGUGCAUAUUCCAGGACUCAGCCAAUGAUUGGAACAGGGAAGCAGCACACAUGGCUCAGAUAUACAAGCAAGCAGCCUUGGUCCUGUCCGCGAGUUGCGCUGCAGACGAGGACGCGACGUUUUUUCGGCACCGGGGCUCAGGCGGAGGCGGAAUCCGGCCCCUGCUCCUGCGGUCAACCGCACUCCUGCCAGAGGAGCACAUUGAAAAGAGGGAGCUUCUGGCGAGCACGUGCGCAGCAUCAGAGCAGCGGUUUUAUAUCGUCAUCGAAAGCGAGCGGCCCCACGACGACGACCCAAGCCACGGCAAGCUGGGCCAUCUGGCCGCGCGAGGCUGGAUAUACCAGGAGCGUACCCUGGCACAGCGCAUCGUGCACUUCUCGGGCGAGGAGGUGCACUGGGAGUGCCGCCAGCUGGAAGACAAUGAGACGGGGACCUAUCGAGUCACCGAGAAAUGGCUCAAGCGGCCUCAAGUGUCGCGAGAUCCACGGGCCUAUGCCAUGAACUCGCAUCGUUCGUGGUGUCAGGUGGUGGAAAAUUACAGCCGCCGAGAGCUCACCUUCGAGCGAGACAGGCUGUUGGCCGUAGCAGGUCUGGCCAAGGAGACGCAGAGCGUGCUUCGGCGAGACGUAGCUGACGAGGCAUACUAUGCUGGCUUGUGGAAGUCCACCUUCAUCGCCGGCCUCUGCUGGCAGGAUAUGCACCGGGGGCUGCGCAAGUCCCGCACCUACGUGGCACCUUCGUGGUCCUGGGCGAGCUACGAGAUCCGUGCCACGUGGUCGUACACUGCAUCCGACGGCGCUGAUGCGUAUCGACUGGCAGAGCUCACAGAGGUCCGCUUAAAACACCUCGGCAGUGACCCAUUUGGUGCUGUGCAGGAUGGGUACAUGGUUCUCUACGGACACUUUAUCCCCGUCCAAAUCGGCGGAGGAUGGCUGAACGACAAGUUCUGGGGAGGCGAGCCGAAACUGGCGACGUGGGGGCCUAAGCAGGAACGGCUGGAUUUCCAGACAACAUACAACGGUUUGCUCGAGGUGGAAAGCCUGAGGGCAAGUGUUGAGGACGGAUACAUCUCAGUGGUGCUCCUGCCGCUCUGCAAGAAAGACACAGAUAAGGGCGAGUACACCUGCUGGUGUCUAUUGCUAGCGCCUCACGGAGCAAUUGAAUACGACAGGCGGCCGGGUGAAGCUCUCGACGCCCCAAUCGCGGCGACACCUCCGGACGGCAACGAAGUUCUCGAGUAUGACCGUAUAGGCUAUGUCGAGAUGCAGGUCGAGGACACUGCAGCCUGGUGGGCUUGGCUGGCUGAGAAUCCGAAGCGGGAUGUUGUCGUGAGGUAG